CCAUCGUAUGAUACAUUUAUUGAUGAGUCAAGAAAAUAGUUGAAUUGUGACAUUAUUUAAUCCGUCAUCCAGGUGAUCAUGUUAAUUCAAUUUACUAAUUCCUAUAAACAAGUACAACAACGCCUUUGUACUGCGCAAAAUGAAGUGGCAUGAUAUUCCAGGCGAGGUACCUUGAAAUUUGUAAUCAGGUCAUAAAUUUACUGAUGGUGAGAUUGUCGCAAAACCUUGUUUAAUCAGUACGAAGUCUGAAUUUCAGAAAUGCAAUACAAGGAGUCCAAACCCGAGGUGAUGCAAUAUCCUGAAUUGCGUGUAUAAUUGCGUUAAAAAAAAUACGCAGUGGUUCGUUCGCAACUUAGUAAUUUGUACCCGAGUGGCGUGGUUGCUUUGCAAAAUGGUUCGGUUCGGGCGUCUCCCCUCCAGUAUAAAAACUCGCUGCAUACAGAACGGAACUUAUGAAGAGUUCAUAAUAAUUACGGUCCAAAUAAAUAAGCUUUCUCUCUGUUUGAGAAUAUUUACUAGUUCGAGAUGAACUGCAAAGUUGUGGGGGCACUCUUACCUUUAAUGGUUUUUACAGUGGCUUAUGCUACUCCAGCGAAAAUGAAGACGCCCUUGCCCAAUAAUUUGCCUGAUAAGCAUGAAAUCGCCUCCACCAUCUUCCAAGAAAUCAUCAUUCCCAAACUUUUCGCCCAAUUGACAUCCCAUUCCAUCCCGGAAAUCCAAGGAAACCUAAACUCCCUUAAAUCAGAGGACCCUGCACCCAUUCCCGCCUUUAACCUGUCCCUCGACUACGACCCACAAACCUGCCCUGGCCAACGGUUUUCCGGCAUUUUUGCCGCACAGGAUAUCCUCCUCCACGGCUUGGCAGAACUUGAUACCUAUUUGGAUGUGGCAUACUACCCAUUCGCUGAUGCCCUUAGAAUCACCUUUACCGCGUCUUCACCCAGUAAACUUCGCCUCUCUGGAAAUUACGGGCUCCAACAUCUAACCGAAAUCCUUGUGGGGUUUUACGGUUCUGAAUGUAGAGCUGUUGCAGAACUGCCAUCUAGCGGGCAUGGAGGCUGGUUCUUCGAGGUGGAAGCUCCCACUGUCGACGCCGGCAUCACAAUACGUAUGCCCCACGCUGGUAACGUGUUCGUUGUCUCGUACCGGGGAAACUUUAACGUCACCUCGAUUAAUAUGAGCUUUGACAAUUACGUAAUGUAUGACUACUACGAAUUUGGACCCGAACAAUGGGCCUUAUGGGCGGGAGAUUUGGAGCACAUGGUUAAACAUGCGGACCGGGCGUAUCUCGAUCAGAAGUUUAAACGUGUCGUGGAUGAGAUUAUUAAGGACUGCUAUGCCUUGGACUAUUUUACAGAGAAUUGGGCAUGUCUCAACUUGGAUUGAUAUUAAGAUGCAUGGACCUUGUACUGGAUAACAGUGUUACUGGCUAAAAAAACAAUUUUAAUUAUAUUUAUUAAAUUUAGUUAUGAGUAGUGAAUACAGGUAAAUAAAUCAUUUGUGGAAAUUCGUGAAUAAAUCCUAUGAGCAAAAUAAUUAAAAUUGUGUGUUCAAUUCUACUGGUCAUAUUAUUACUUAAUGAAAAUCUGUUCGACG